AUGGCCACGAAAAAACCUACAAAAUUAGUUUUUGUCACUGGUAACAGCAAUAAACUUAAAGAAGUUCAAACUAUUCUAGGAUCGACUGUAAACCUGAUAAAUCAUAAACUCGACCUAGCAGAAAUUCAAGGAACGACGCAAGAAAUUUCGGUUGAAAAGUGUCGUAAAGCUUCAAUUGCGUUGAAUGGACCUGUAAUAACAGAAGAUACGUGUCUUUGUUUCAAUGCGUUGAAAGGUUUACCGGGUCCAUACAUAAAAUGGUUUUUGGAUAAAUUGGAACAUGAUGGUUUAAACAAAUUAUUGGUAGGAUUUGAAGAUAAAUCUGCAUAUGCCUUAUGCACAUUUGCUUAUUCUUCAGGUCCAGAUUCUGAACCAAUAUUAUUCGAAGGCCGUACUGAUGGCAAGAUUGUUCCAGCACGUGGACCCAAAGAUUUUGGAUGGGAUCCCAUUUUUCAACCUGAUGAACCUGUUGGAAAUGAUCAAACAUAUGCUGAAAUGCUAAAAAGUACAAAAAAUUCAAUAUCUCAUAGGUAUAAAGCAUUAAAAAAAUUAAAAGAAUUCCUUACCUCUCAAAAUAUUUGA